CUUUACGACGUGUGGGAGCAACUCCUUGCAACUUAUAUAACAACACCGCGCGCAGCCGCAGACCAGGCCGACCUUAGCACCAGCCCAACACCAUGGCCUCACUGACCUGCCAGCGCCAUAUGGGCGCCUCGUCUCGCACCGCCGCCGCGCGGCGCAGUCCUGUGCUGCGCGUGGUCGCCCAGGCUGCGCCGGCCGCGCCCACCGCGUCCCAUGCUGUGCCCGCCUCCAAGCUGAUUGACGGCAAGGGUAUUGCCGACACCAUCCGCUCCGAGAUCGCCACUGAGGUGGCUGACAUGAAGAAGCAGUACGGCCUGACGCCCGGUCUGGCGGUGGUGCUGGUGGGGGCACGUAAGGACAGCGAGACGUAUGUGCGCUCCAAGAAGAAGGCCUGCGCCGAGGUGGGCUUUGACUCGUUCGGCACAGACCUGCCGGCUGACGUGUCGGAGGAGGAGCUGCUCAAGGUGGUUGCCGCCUACAACGCCGACCCCCGCGUGCACGGCAUCCUGGUGCAGCUGCCGCUGCCCAAGCACAUCAGCGAGAAGCGCAUCCUGGACGCCAUCUCCAUCGACAAGGACGUGGACGGCUUCCACCCGCUCAACAUCGGCUGUCUGGCCAUGCGCGGCCGCGACCCGCUGUUCGUGCCCUGCACGCCCAAGGGCUGCAUUGAGCUGCUGGAGCGCAUGAAGGUGCCCAUCGCGGGCAAGAAGGCGUGCGUCAUCGGCCGCAGCAACAUUGUUGGCAUGCCCGCCGCCCUGCUGCUGCAGCGCCGCGACGCCACCGUGACCAUGGUGCACAGCAAGACGCCCGACGCCAAGAAGAUCUGCAGCGAGGCCGAUAUUGUGAUCGCGGCGUGCGGCGUGGCGGAGAUGGUGACGGGCGACUGGAUCAAGCCGGGCGCGGUGGUCAUUGAUGUGGGCAUCAACGCCAAGGAUGACGCCACCCAGAAGAAGGGCUACCGCCUUGUGGGCGACGUGGAGUUCGAGGGUGCCGCCGCCAAGGCCAGCCUCAUCACGCCGGUGCCGGGCGGCGUGGGCCCCAUGACCAUCGCCAUGCUGCUGCAGAACACGCUGGAGAGCGCGCGGCGGGCGGCCAAGGGCGAGAAGGCGCACCACUGAGCGCGUCGAGGGGGCGGCUUAGGGGCCGGCAUGGGGAGACUGCCGAGGGCGGGUUAGUGCUGCGUGAAGUUUCAGUGGAUGUAUGGGUGUAGGGAGAUAUAGGAAGCGACAAUAGUAGGGAGCGACGGCACUGACAGUUUGGGCGCCGCUGGGUGGCCUGGUUGAGGGCGGCCUGAGUUGCAGCAUUGCACAGCGCGUGCAACAACCGGGUCCAACAAGCGCCUCGCUGUUGCUAUGAAGAAGCAUGGUCGCGGUUUCAUGGCUUUGACCAACUAACUGACUUGGACACAUGGACUGUUAGGUUUAGCUGAAGACGUGCUGGUUGGGGGCUCGGACACUCCACACCUGAUGACAUGAGUGUCUUAAAAGGACUGGGGAUACGUACAUGGGUGAUAUGAGGUCUUGCGGGGGCCUGGGGCUUCUCUGCCGUGCGACGGAGUUUGCGCCGCUGUGGUGGCAUGAAGUGCAGGCCGCGCCAUUGGCAACAGCUUGAAAGGAUUGUCACGCCACGUGCUGGCGCGGUGUAGGAGCAGAAGGGAGCAGACCGGUGCUGAAGAGACAUCUUGACGAACUGGGCGAUGCAGGUAAGAAGUUUG